AUGUCUGAUGCUAGGUUAGACAGACUUGCGCGAUACUUUGGAUCUGUUAUUUAUGGAAAACAGGAAGUCCAGGACACCAACAAUUUCAAACGCUUCGUUGAAGCAAUUCUGGUCCAAGAAGAUCCCUGCAUUUUGGUCGAGCGAAUCAUAUCCAGCCAACAUGCUUUGAAAGCCCUCAGAAAUGGAGUCAGGCACAAUAUCACCCCGGCCUUCAUCAAUCAAUACACCGCGAAGCUGAUCCUGUAUUUGAAACAUCGCGAAGUCAAGCUUCUUUGCAAUGGAUCUUUCCUUGAACAACUUUUGAUGAUCAUUUUAGAGCCCCGAACGCUAUGGAAUUCGUUUGUGGAGGCAUUUCGUGGUCGCAAAUUGGAAGAUCACGCGAUUGUUGCUUUAUGUUGGAUGAUAUCCGAGUUUCUGGCAUUGCCUAGCUCUUCCGGUGUAGAUGUUCGAUCCGAUGCUCAACUCGUGAUAAGCGAUGGAUCACUCUUGUCGUCUCGUUUGGUUGAAGUCCACAACCUAGGACACAAGAUCAAGUACCUUUUGGAGAUGAAAUCGUCCGCAGAAACAAUCACUGCCUCCGAGAACACAGCUGGCGGUCGCCACGACAAUGACUUUGCGGACUUCAGAUCGAUAGCAAUCCUACCCACAGCAGAUGAAAUGGGAUGCACCGAGAAACCCUUCUACCGUCAAGUAGAGACCGUUGCGCAGCUUUCGGGGCACCAGCGCAUUGCGGGUCAUAUCGACAACCAGUUUCGGCUUUUGCGAGAGGACAUGCUUUCAGGACUCCGCGACGAUUUCCAAAUCGCACAAGGCACGAAAAAAGGGAAGCGAUCGGCACUACACUUGGCAGGUCUUUCUCUUGUUCAGAUUGAGUGCUUUUCCGUCAAGAAUGGAAGGCAGCGUAUUCAGCCAUGUACUGUCGGCGUGACUUGCAAGUUCGGUCUUGACAAAAUCAAAAAAGUCCUACCGCAAGAUCGAAAGACCUUUUUGAAAACCAACCACUCAUUUGUCAAGCAUCACGCAUUUGGGUGUUUGAUUCGAGGCACGGAGAUUGUGGGAUUCGCCACGAUAGAAAGAAACAUCGAUAACCUGGCAUUGGAACCCCCAGUAGUCAUGUUGCGCAUCUCGGGCGAGGAGGCCCUCAAAAAAUCUCUUCUUUACCUCAAGCUCUAUAACGAUGUGGACUUUCUGGUUGUUGAUACCGCAAUCUUUGCCUAUGAACCCAUUUUGAAAUGUUUACAGGAGAGCAUCGAAAUUCCUCUCACAGAGGAACUGUUCCUGUACAAACAUGAGCAGCCUGCUAAAGAUUCAAGCCUUGCUCCUUGGAAUGUGAUCAAGGAGUUGAAGGAAGCGUAUAGGUGCAAUAUACAAAACAUCCUUCAGACGAGACACCCGAUCACUCUGGAUCCAUCGCAGCUCGAUUCCCUUUUAGCAGGAUUGACACAAAGAGUCAGCCUCAUUCAAGGUCCUCCAGGAACGGGAAAAUCGUUCAUAGGCGCUCUUCUUGCAAAGGCUCUCCAUGACCACACCGAGAGCAGAAUCCUGGUCAUGUGCUAUACCAACCAUGCCUUGGACCAAUUUUUGGAGGAUCUGCUUGAUAUUGGAAUCGAUCCUUCGGCGAUAGUACGGUUAGGCUCCAAGUCAACACAGCGCACGGAACCACUUGGUCUCUUCAAGCAGAAAUCAUCUUUCUCACGAUCCACGACAACAUGGAAUACUAUUAACGCACUUGAGAGUGAUGGUGAUGACCAUAUCGAUGAUUUGAACAGCGCUUUCCAGGUUUAUCGGAAUCUGACGGCUGAUGCUACCUCCAUACUGGAUUACCUCGAGUUCGAAGAUCCAGAGUAUUUCGAAGCAUUUGUGGUACCCGAGGAUCAAAAUGGAAUGGCGAUUGUCGGGAAAAAAGGAAAAGUCAUUGGAAAAGACUAUCUUUAUGACCGAUGGGUCAAAGGGAAAACCCCUGGUGUAUGCUCUCACCUGGUUCCUCCUCAUUGCCAAGGUGCGUGGUCUCUCGAUGAGAAAGCACGGGAUCAGAAAAACCAGUCCUGGAAACAGGGAUUGCUGAGAGAGCAAGCUGAAUCCUUGGGAGUUCGCAUGAUGUUGCUUGACAAAUGUUCAAAACGGCUGAGCACCAUUUGGGGAGAGAAAAACAGGGAGAUUCUGAAAACAAAGCAAAUCAUUGGAUGUACCACUACAGCUGCAGCAAUGUACUCUGAAGACAUUCGGCAUGCGUCACCUGAGAUUGUGCUUCUUGAGGAAGCGGGUGAGAUCCUUGAGUCUCACGUAUUGACAGCAAUGGGACCAGAGACCAAGCAUUUGAUCUUGAUAGGUGAUCAUCAACAGCUGCGACCCAAAAUUAACGGCUAUGGCCUGAGCGUGGAGAAGGGUGAUGGGUAUGACCUGAACGUUUCUCUCUUUGAAAGGCUUAUAAACGCCGGCUUCCCUCAUACAACCCUCCUCAAGCAGCAUCGAAUGUGUCCUGAGAUCUCGGGAUUGGUACGCAGUCUUACAUACCCUGCACUGGAAGAUGCCGAGAAAACGAAAAAUCGCCCUGAGCCACGGGGAUUGUGUGAUCGGGUGAUAUUCUUUCACCAUAAGAACUUUGAGGCUAUCUUUAAAGAUGUGUCUGAUCAACGUGAUGAGGGUUCAAAGGGAAGUAAAAGGAAUGUUUUUGAGGCUGAGAUCGUGUUGAAAAUCGUGAAGUAUCUUGGGCAACAAGGAUAUGGAACGGACAAGUUGGUCGUGUUGACACCGUACCUUGGGCAACUUUCUCUUCUGAAAGAAACUCUCAGCAAGCAAAACGAUCCGGUAUUAAACGAUCUUGACUCCUAUGACCUCCUGAAGGCAGGGCUCUUGUCACAGGCAAGCGCAAAACAUUCGAAGCGCCAGCUGAAGCUUUCAACAAUUGACAACUACCAGGGCGAGGAAAGUGAGAUCGUUAUUGCGUCGCUUACCCGAAGCAACAAAGAAGGCGAUAUAGGCUUCAUGGCAGCCCCCGAGCGUCUGAAUGUUCUGCUUUCCCGAGCCCGAAACGUCUUGAUUCUGGUAGGAAAUUCAGAGACAUUUGUCUCUAGUCGCAAGGGUCGAAACACGUGGAAGCCACUCAUCGAUCAACUCAAAUAUGAUGGGCAUCUAUACGAUGGUUUGCCCGUGCGAUGUGAACAGCAUCCUCAAACGACAAACAUUCUUCGAACUGCGGUCGAUUUCGACAAGGAGUGUCCGGAGGGUGGAUGCUCCGCACCUUGUGACGUGACGCUAAAGUGUGGAGUGCACAAGUGCACCUCAAGGUGCCACCAACUCGUUGAUCACUCACAAAUGCCUUGCACGAAAAUUGUGAAAUGGAGGUGCCCUCGUGGCCACGAAUCAUCCCUGCCAUGCUCCCAGUCAAAAGGCCAUUGUCGUUUCUGCAUUCAAGAAGAUGCUGUCAAAGAGCGCCGGCGCCAGCGUGAUCUCAAAUUAGAGACAGAGAGACAGAGAAAGCAAGAAAGAUAUGCCCAGCAGAUUGCAGAAGCCCAGGAUGAGGCUUCCCAUCUAAGGAGACUGCGAAAAGAUGAGUCAGAUGACUUUGAGCGGGCCAGGGUUCUCGAGCAGCACCACCAGGAAAUAGAGGAUUUGAAGGCGCCUCGGAAGACUCCAGAUAUGGUAAAAAUACCAAAAGGAGAAGAAUCAAGGGCAUCAACAAGUUCGAGCUUCAUCAAACAAACAAACGACAGACCAACUGCCGAUAACGCAGACACCAAAAGCCAUAUUGCAAAAUCCGAUAAACCACCAGUAAUGCCAAAACAGAAGAAUUCACCAGCCAAUGACGACUGGAAUGACCAAAAAAAGUUUCAAAAUGCCCAGAGUCAGGAAAUUGACAAGCUGAUGGAAAUGAUUGGACUUGAGUCUGUGAAAGACAAAUUCCUCACCAUCAAGUUCAAGGUGGAAACUGCUAUCAGACAGAACCGAAGUUUGAACGAGGAAAGGUUCGGAUCAGUGUUGCUCGGAAAUCCUGGAACUGGGAAAACAACCGUAGCUCGUCUAUACGCCAAAUUUCUGGCGUCCAUGGGCGUAAUCCCUGGAGAUAACUUCAUCGAAACAUCCGGAUCUAGAUUGGCAAAUGAGGGUGUUUCGGGAUGCCAGAAGACCAUCGAGAGUCUUUUGAAAGGUGGAGGUGGUGCAUUCUUCAUUGAUGAAGCCUACCAGCUUGUACAGGAUUCUAGUCUUGGGGGACCCCAAGUUCUUGACUUCCUUUUGGCUGAGAUUGAGAAACUCCGCGGAAAAAUUGUCUUCAUCCUUGCAGGAUAUCAACGGCCAAUGGAAAAGUUCUUCGCGCAUAAUCCAGGACUACCUGAACGAUUCCCGCAUGAGUUGAAGUUUGAUGAUUUUGACGAUACGGAGCUGAUGCAGAUCCUGGUGAACUGCAUUGAGAAAUCUUACAAGCAGAAGAUGAAUGUCGAAGGUGGUCUGGGAGGGCUUUAUUGUCGUAUUGUCGCACGUCGCAUUGGCCGUGGCCGUGGUCGCGAUGGUUUCGCAAACGCACGAGCCGUUGAAAACACCCUCUCCAAAAUAACAGAGCGGCAAUCUGAGCGAAUCAGGCAGGCAAAACGGCAGGGUGCAAGGACUGACGACUUCUUCUUCGCCGGGGCGGAUUUGAUCGGCCCGGAUCCAUCCAAGGCUCUCAAGACAUCCAAUGCAUGGCUAGAAUUGCAAUCUAUGAUUGGCCUGGGUACAGUUAAAAAGACAGUCGAGGCUCUCAUAGAGACGAUGAAGCACAACUUCCAGAGGGAGAUUGAUGAGAAACCCUUGGUUGAGUACAGCUUGAACAAAGUCUUCUUGGGGAACCCUGGGACUGGAAAGACCUCAAUUGCCAAGAUCUACGGUCAGAUACUUGUGGAUAUUGGGUUUCUGUCUAGUGGCGAAGUUGUUUUAAAAAACCCAUCAGAUUUUGUUGGCAGCGUGAUAGGGGAAUCGGAGAAAACGACCAAAGGCAUACUUGCAUCUACAUUGGGUAAAGUUCUGGUAAUUGAUGAAGCUUACGGGCUUUACACCGGAGGAGCCUCAAAUCGCACGGGAGCCGCGAGUGAUCCUUACAGAGCUGCAGUUGUGGACACGAUUGUAGCCGAAGUACAGAGCACGCCAGGCGAUGACAGAUGUGUCCUGCUCUUAGGCUACAAAGACCUCAUGGAACAGAUGUUUCAAAAUGUCAAUCCUGGUCUCAGUCGACGCUUCCCAAUAGACCAGGCCUUCGAGUUCAAGGACUUCACAAAGGACGAAAUGAAUUCCAUACUGACCCUGAAGCUCAACAAACAAGCAUUUGACAUCACGGACCGUGGCCGUCGAGUGAUUUUAGAGAUGCUCGAGCGAUCUCGAAAUCGACCCCAUUUUGGAAAUGCAGGAGAGAUUGAUAACCUGCUCAACGCUGCAAAGAUGCGCUACCAGAAACGUCUAUCUUUCAACAGACAGCCAGCUCACGUUCCUGAUGCUGCCCUUGAUGCCCAAGACUUCGAUGAAGACUUCGAUCGUGCCGACAAGGAGCAAGCAAGCGUUGCAAAGAUGUUUGAAGAGGUGGUAGGAUGUGAAACCAUCGUCUCAAAGCUAGAAGGCUAUCAGCAGAUGGUUAAAAAGCUUCGACAGUUGAACAUGAAUCCAUGUGACCAAGUUCCUUUCAAUUUUGUCUUCCGCGGUCCUCCAGGAACUGGAAAGACCAGCACAGCCAGAAAAAUGGGACAGGUUUACUACGAUAUGAGCUUAUUGUCAACAAAUGAGGUGCUUGAAGCUUCCGCGACAGACUUGGUUGGUCAAUACGUCGGACAAACGGGUCCGAAAGUCCAAGAACUCUUGGAGCGCGGCCUUGGUAAGGUUCUUUUCAUAGACGAAGCAUAUCGUCUCGCCGAAGAUGGUUCCUUCACGAAAGAUGCAAUCAAUGAGCUCGUUGACUGUAUGACCAAGCCUAAAUAUGCACAAAAAUUGAUCAUCAUCUUGGCCGGCUACGACAGAGAUAUCAACCGCCUCAUGUCUAUCAACCCCGGGCUGACAAGUCGCUUCCCCGAGUCUCUCCAAUUUGACUCACUGUCUUCGAAGGAUUGCAUUAUGUUUAUCUUGAAGCUACUUUCAAAAGAAAAGAAAACGCUUCUUGAGAAAUCUCAGGUGACCUUUGACAUCACGUGCCUACAAAGCCCUGAUUCUGACUUCAUGGAAAUCAUGGCUGAGCGCUUUGAUACUCUGUCACAGACUGAAGGCUGGGCAAAUGCUCGAGACGUUGGUUCUUUGACAAAGACAAUAUUUGGGAAGACGAUCGAAUGCUCCAAUGGACAGAAGAUGCAGUUGAACAAAGCAACAAUUCUCGAGGCCAUCGAUUUCAUGAUACUUGAGCGGACCCAUCGAGGCGAUGUUCUGAAAAGCUCAUCAAAUGCAAGCAAUAGACAGAAGAUGAACCUUGCUGUACACACCAAAACUCUCGACAAGCCAGUGCUGUCAGCGGAAAGCCGAGUCUCGACCCAGAAAGAGACGGCAAGUAGCAAGCCGGAUGCAGCCAUUAAGCCCCUUGCAGAGAAGAGCAAAGCUAUCACUAAGCGCGACUUUGGUGUUGAUGAUGCAGUAUGGGAACAACUUACAAAAGACAAAGCCUUCGCAGAGGCUCAAGACAAAGAGUAUUUGCGUUGGCAGGAAGAAGAAGAAACCCAACAAAAGGCUGUACUGGCAUUGAAAAAAGCAGAGGACAAAGCAGCAAAGGAGCAGAUCGAAACACAGCAAAAAGCCGAUGAAGAUGCAAGAACGCACCACGAACAAGCUAGACUGCAGCAUGAACUGGAACGCAGACGACAAGAAGCUCUGCUGAAUGAACUUCAGAAGAAGAGAGAGGCCCAGGCUGAGGCAUACCGCAAGGAACAGGCUAAUCAAGCAAAGCUUAGGAAGAUGGGUGUCUGUGUUGCGGGCUAUCGAUGGAUCCAGCAGAGUGGUGGAUAUCGAUGUGCUGGUGGGAGUCACUGGGUUUCUGAUGCCCAGCUUGAAUAA